UCUUACCGGAAACUACGCAAUCAAUAUAAACAUGGCAGAUGAAAAAUCACCACUGCUGCAAUCCACAGAUGAAGAUGAAGGCCCCCGGCUCAGGCACCACCACGCCUUCCCCACCACUCACCGGAGCACGGAUCUUAGUCCUGUUACGUCAACAGAGGCGGAUCACAUUGUCUGUGUGUUCGUGGUAACAUUUGACACGCGGUCAGGAAACAUGAUAGAAUGGUGCGCGCCUGAUGAUUUUGACUUGGACGGGGUAGAGUUCAAGGCGAUGGUCAGUGGAUCCCACACACAACAGAAAGACUUUGUCUACUUCAGAAAAGAUCGUUUGUAUGGCCUGGCCUGUUAUGAGAAGAUGUCGGUGGAGAGCGAGAUCGAGCGCGGAGCAAGGAUGAAGUCCGUGGGAAUCCUCUCGACAUCCUACACAUUACUGUACAGACAUAUACAGUUUCUAGAGGCACAAGUCAGACACCAGUUGGAGAUGCCUGGCGUGUACUCACAGCUUCAGGCUUUCUACAAUGAUAAGAAAGGUGUGCUUCCAGAAUCAAGUAGUUCAAGGGGGGCAACUCCAACAUCUACUCCCUCCACACCUAGUAGCCUGCUGCCAGAAAUGAAGAUAACCCAUCCUGCUGGCUGUUUUUCACAGUUUAUUAAAUUUUUUGGUGCAAACAUCUUCAUCCUGUGGAAGCUGGUUCUUCUGCAGAAAAGAAUCCUGUUCUUUUCCCCGCCUCCAAUAGGCGUGGUCUGUUAUAAAGUGUAUUGUGCAUGUUGUCUUGGAAACCAUGAGGUUGGGAAAAUGGGCCAUGAUGUAGUACCUCAUUUUUAUGUGAAUGUUGCUGAUAUAGAAACCUUGGAAACAGAACUGGCCUAUAUUGCAUGCACAACGGAGAAGAUUUUUGAAACGAAGACGUACUUACACGACGUUUAUGUCGAUAACCAGGUCAUCACGGCCCACACCCCCGUCUUAAAAGACUUGCUGAAACUGAGUGAUGCUGACAAAGAAAAGUACAACAAACUCCUAAAUCAGAGGUCUGCCAAUCAGUUUUCCUAUGAAGGAAUGGGAGAAGAUGCAAUCGAUGAAGAGGAGUUAUUUACAUCGUUUUUUACCCAGCAGAACAAUGACCUAUUUAGCACUUUAUUGGAUGUGGCUCACUCACAUGACCGUCAGCUGACCUCAGAUCACAUGAGAAACAUGGGUCUGGACCCUCAAGGAGACCGCACCUUCCUCAUGGAGUUAGUAGAGCAUUAUGGGAUAGAUGUUGUACUCAUGGUAGACAAUCCCUGCUGUCCAAAGUGAUUCUUUUUUAUGAUUUUAGUGGUAACUGAAUUACAAGGCUGUUAAGCCUUCUAAUAAUGAACAAAAUGGUUUUAAAACCAAGCUAGGAGAUUAGUGGUUAUUAUUUUCUUGAUUAUUCCAUCAGAACAAGAGGCCAGCAUUCCAAGCAUUAAUUCUACAGGUUUCCCAGGAAACAUGGGGACCAGUUUUUCUUAUUUGACACUGGGGACCAGUUAUUUUCAGUUUUCACUAUGUGAACGUGACGUUGUAUUUGUUUAUCUGUGAUAGUUUGAUUUGUACAAUGCUGUUAUGACAGUUUAUCAUGAAUUAAUCUCCUCAACGUGAAACAGAUAUUGGGUUUAGUGGAAGAUAUUGAAUAUCAAGUUGGUGAGAAGUCCAAGAGAGCAAUUCUUUACAAUGCAGUCAAGAAUCUCUUUGAUAUAAAAUGUACAAUGCACAUAUGGACGGACUCGACCUUGACACAUUUGUAGACUGAGGUACUGUAGAGCCUCGAGAUUCAUUCCAGGGUAUUUUCAAGGUGCCUUGUAUAAAUCUUGUCUCAAUCCUUUGUCAAAGUUUAUCACUAUGGUGAAGUCAAAUUCACUGCAGAUUUGAUAUUUACAUGUGUUUUUGCAUACAAUGAAAAUUGAAAUGAAGCUGUUUUAGAGAGUCGGGUCAACCGAUAUUAAAGGCAUUACUGGUUCCUAAACAUCAGGUAUAAGGUACAAAAUAAUGGAACUCUUCUUCUCGAAAUAGAGGAUUUUUAGUAGCAAGUCCACCGGUGGAUCCAGGAUUUGUUAAAAGGGGGGCCCAGUAGGUUGGGGGCUCCGGGGUUUUGAGGCCUGUUAGGUUUUAUUGGUUAUUCUAGCUAUAUACUUUAUACAUGAUGAAAUCAGUAAAUAAAACAUAAGUGAUUUUUUUUUCUCUAUGCUCUGUUUGUAUGUAUUAUGUCAAAUUUCAUACUUUUGCUGUUGUUUUACUAAAAACAAUUUUUAAAUUUUUGGACCCCCCCCCCCCCCCUCCUAAAUCCGCCACUGAAGUCGUUGUACAGAAUAAUGAAACUCAUCUCGAAGGAGAGCAAUUGUAGUAGCAGAUCAUAAGAUGUGCUCAACAGCAUUAAUUGAACUUUUUGUUAAAAAUCCAGUUUUUCAAGAAACACUGCUUCAUUGACACAAUUGAAGCACUUCUUCAUUGACACAAACACUGUGUGAUACGGUUACGGCCCACAAGUUACUUAACCAUGAAAAACACUAUAUACAAAAAAGGUAUUAAAUUUGAUAAUGGCCUGAGAUAAUUAGACUUUUUUCUGUUAUCAAAACAACAAUUGUAUUGAGGUGCACAGGUGUACCUCUGUAGGUUAAUAUGUAAAUAUUGAAUGUCCUUCAGGGUCUCUGUAGGUUAAUAUAUAAAUAUUGAAUGUCCUUCAGGGUCUCUGUAGGUUAAUAUGUAAAUAUUGAAUGUCCUUCAGGGUCUCUGUAGGUUAAUAUGUAAAUAUUGAAUGUCGUUCAGUACACUACGAAUAUUACAUUUUAAUGUUCAAUGAAUUGUUGUGUUACAAAUAGAACAAUAUUGUGCGAUGUUUUUUCACACCAAUAGAUACAUGUACCUUCCGUUCUCAAUAGACGAGUACUUAGUAUGCAAAUUUAUAUAAUCCUGAUAUAUUUCCCCCCCCCCCCCCCCCCCCGAAUUGUUGAUCUACAUAAAAUGUAGUGUGUACGUUGGUUUAUUCUGAACAUGAAUUGAUAAGCAGAUUAUUUUAUUUUGUAGAGAUUUUCAAAUCAUUUCAUUUCUUCUUUUUUUUUUUUGGUCAGACAUUGAUAACAAUAUAAUGUUUUCUGGAGCUUGUAUAGUUAGUCGAGAUGUUGGGGUCUUUUAAAAAAGAAAAAGUUUGAGAUUUUUAAUGUUAUACAUGUAUGUUAAUUAUAUCCUUACUCUAAAGGUUUGUAGUUGUUUUGUGUCUUGUUUACCUAUGAGGUACAUGUGUAAUGUGUCAUUUAGUAGGAUCCAUGCACUUCAUAGCAGAUAUCAGUAUUUCAUGUCUUACAUGUAGAUAUCAUCUGGGAAUUUCUGAUUGUCGAGCAUGAAUUGAAGUUUCAAAUUCUGAUAUUUCUUUUAUGAACUUGAUUUGUAAAUUUUUUUGUGUACUGUAAGUCACUUUUUUUCUCUCGUGAGAAUAUCAUUUCUAAGUGAUAUACGGUAUGCCCCUCCUAGUUCACCACAGUGAACUGUGACUACUGGAGUUUCGCUGAGCUUCUCUAAUCAUUUACAAGGAGUUUCAGAUAUCAAUGCCCGCCACCACCAUUUCACUGCAAGAUUAGAGAAGGCUAGUCUGAAAUUAGUUAUAAUUCCUUGAUGAUAGUGAAAUGUAAGAUUAGCACACGCCAAGCUUUUGUAUGGGUUUAAGUGAUAAUAAAUCACUUUUAUUUGGCGAUACAUUAUUUUCGUUCACAGACAAUGAUGUAUUCAUUCACGAGACAUAAUUUUCUUGAAUUGUUAUUUAUAGCUUACUGGUUAGUCUUCAAUGUGUAAAAGUUUAUUCGCAAUAACUAAAUUUUUACAGAUGGCUAAUCUCACGAAAUUAAUGUAGUUCCACCCUCCUGUGAUGUCAUAAGAUUUAGCAAAAUCAAUGAUCUAUUUAGAUUUAUGCCUGAUAAGAACAUACAUUUUGUUGGUUAUUUUAAAAAAUCUUGUUAACCAUAAAAUGUUUCUACAGUCGAACUUUUAUAUAAAUAAUCAAUAUGUUUCAAAAUAUUGAAUCUAAGGGCAAUAACUCUGUUUUCAUGACUCCUUGAUCAAGUUCAUUAUGUGAAAGAUUUUCUUGAUUCUUUGCAGAAAUUUUGAAUAGUAUAGUAACGAAACAGUUUUAUGAAAUUAUCGUGAAUACUACUAUAUCGUUUUAACCAUUUUUUUGGUGAAAUUUUGAUAAUGCUGUUGAAGAAAAAUUGAAUUUUCCGACGUUGAUAUACGAUUUUGUGUAUGUAUGUCCCGCAUCUUAAAAAGUGUGAUGACCUAUAUAUUUUCUUUGAUGAUUUAUUACUUUUAACUCUAAUAAACUGAAAUAAAUAAACAUUUUAAACUUUUAUCAGAUAACAAUUGGAGUAUGGAUUUACCUUGAGCAUAAAUAAUGUUCUCGUGAACAAAAUCCGAUAUACAGUGUAUUGCUAUGAAAGUGUUCAAAGAUGUACUCCACCUGGCAAGUGUUUUGUAUUUUUAAGUGUACUUUUUUUCUGUCAAUGUCCUUUUGCUGUUUAAAUAUUACUUUUGUCCAAUGUUCAAAACAUAUUUAAUUUAUUAGAGUGUUGGGAACAUAUCUGGAGACUUGCAUUAUUAGUCAUAUUUACUUCAUUAUGUGGUAUGUAAGGCGGUUGCUAAAGGAUCGGGGUAUAAGGAGUUUUGUUGGGAGUCUGUUCUGUUGGUAUCAUAAUUCAGAUUCUAAGACUGUCCACGGCCUACUACUCCUAUUGCAGAAGCCCUUUGGUGACACUAUAUCCAAUUGUAUGUUGGUACAUUAACCUUACAUCUAGUUUAAUGCACAUGUUUAGUGCAUGAUGCUGAUAUUUGAUUUCUCUCAGUUGGUAUUUGGGUACGGGUUUAAAACAUCAUUAUUUCUUUUAUUCAGUGUAUUAAUAUAAAUGCGUAAUGUUGUUAUAAUUGCUAUGGAAUGUCUUUAUAAUAACUGUGGAAUGUUGUUAUAAUUGCUAUGGAAUGUCUUUAUAAUUACUGUGGAAUGUCUUUAUAAUAAAUGUGCCAAGAGAGCUUUUGAUUGAUAGCUCAGUGUUGACUCCAAGAUCCAGGGAGUUUCUGUCUAUCUGGGUGUCAGUUCCUGGGUACUUGGACUUUCAAUUAGUGACUUAAAGAGUGCAAGAACCCCCAUCCCUCCUACUUCACAUUCUAUGGACAACCCAGGUCACUAAACAUAGUCAGAACCAGCAGGUCUUUCAUCCCCCCCCCCCCCUCCUCUGUAUGUUUGUGUGGCUUUGCUGAUCUUCAUUGUUAAUACAAUAAUGAAUAAUGUCUUUCAUUUCACAUUCAUAAAAUUCACAUGAACAAUUUACCAGUUCAUUUGUACCUGUAUACUGUUUUAGAAAUAGAAAUAAGAAAAUACUUACAGGCACACAAAGUUUAAAAAUGUGUGACACUUCAACAUUAUAGGCUAAGCAAUAAAUGUAUAAUUCACAGUAUUCAAUUGGCACAACAGAUUCGGUGAAGACAUGCAAAUUCUGCCAUUUUUCACAAUGUCUACAUUGCAUGGAGAUCUAAAAUAACCCAAUCAAUGAAGUCCUUACAUUCCUUCCUAGAUGUUUUCCAGUUUCAGACAAUAAUCCAUGUUGACAGUUCAUAUGAAUGUUAAGGUGAAAAAAUCUCUAGUCUUCACAGAUUCUAGUGGUAUAUCUUGUGGAUGCCUGCUUUUACAUGUGCAUGUUUUUUUUAAAUAUUCAUUCACAUUUGUAGAACAUUUACUUUGUGAGAUAUUCUUGAUCUUUAAUGUAGAUCUAUAUUUCCAGCAGAUUUUUUUUUUCAGUGUUGUACAACCACUUAACAUUUGUUAAAGCCAAAAUCUAUUUUUUCUUACAUGUAUGUGUGCUUUGAAUUCAAUACAAAGUCUUCUUUUGCAAAGUAAAUAUAAAUGCCUUUAUAUGACUGUUUCGUUGUUCCACUAUGAUUUCUAAACAUAACAUGCAAUACUACAUAGUUGGUUUUUGGGGGGUUGGUGGGUGCAACAUUUGGCAAAUUAUAAUUUUAACAGUUGUAAUUUAUUUAUAAUGUACAUGAAUAUAAGCAGUUCCAUUUUCGUGAAAGGUUAAAUCAACACCCUGCCAAAUAUAAAAAAAAUUGCUUCACAGUAUCAUGAAGUGUAUGGUGGAUAUUAUACAUUGAGUUCUGAUGCAUUUACACUUUUUUGAUGAAAGUGACAGUAAUUGAACAAAUUGUACAUACCAUGUUAUGUUGAGAGAACACAGAAUGCCUGUAUUCAGAUGGUACAUGUUUUAAAUAUAUAAACAUUCUUAAACACAUAUAGUGGGCCAAAUUAUUCAAUCUCUUUAUGUUUACAUUGUGCAAUACUGCUUGUUUAAACUGGAAAAGUUCAUCUUGUUACCAAAUAAAAUCAAAGAAAUUGA